AUGUUAUCAGAUUUGAUUCAAAAAUCAAAAUUCAUUUGUACAACAGCAGACAUAUGGAGUGGAAAUAAUAAAAGUUAUCUAGGAAUGACUUGUCAUUUAAUUGAUCCUAUAACUUAUGAAAGAAAAUCAUUUGUUUUGGGCUGUAAGCGAAUAAUCGGAAGUCAUACUUACUUGAAUAUCACUGAAACAAUGACUUGUAUGACACAAGAAUAUAAUAUUCAUUACUCAAAAAUAAGCCAUACGGUUACAGAUAAUGCAAGUAAUUUUGCAAAAGCUUUUAGAACUUUUUCAACAAGUGUAAAAUCAACUCAGUCAACUACUUUAAGUGUAGGUGAUUUAAACGAAGAUGGAUCACUUUUUGAGGAUUCAGAUGUGGAAACUGAAAAUAUAACUGUGGUAGAUAUUGGUCAAAUAUUUACCAAAUCUGAGGAUCAAAAUAUAGACGAGUCAUUUUGUUUACCCCCACAUAUGAGCUUUUGGACUCUCAUUAGUAGAAGUACAGUUGCUUCAGACAAAAUUUUAGAAAAGUGUGGCUGUAAAUUUCCUAUUCCUGUAGUAACUCGUUGGAACUCUUUGUAUGACUCUAGUUUAAAAGUUUUAAAGUAUAAACAACAGUUGACUAAAGCAUUUGAUGAUUUGCAUUUAAUAAAAUUAAAAUUAAGCGAAUGGACUUUUUUGGAAGAAUAUUGUCAAGUCAUGGAACCAUUAGCUAUAUCACUAGAUAAGUUACAAGGUGAAAACAAUAGUUUUUUGGGGUAUGUAGCUCCAACUAUUUUAGUUCUAAGGCGUCUGUUAAUAUCUUUUACAGAUUUGAAAUACUGUAAACCAUUAAGCUUUGCUAUUAUUCAAGCUAUUGAAACUCGUUUUAAUUAUAUAUUGGAUUUAAGUCGUCCAGAAAGUAAAGACUUUAUUAUAGCCUCUAUAAGUCAUCCCAAAUUCAAGCUAAGUUGGGUACCACUUAGGUAUAUGAAUUUAUGUAAGAACCUAUUUAUAAAUGAAUGUUGCUUAAGAAUGAAUACCGAAACCAAAUCAACACAUUUGACUAUUACACAGUCUGAUAAGGAUGACAGUGAUGAUGAUUUUUUCGAUAGUAUUUGCAAUGACAAUGUUUUUACCAGCCCAUCUGAAUCUGAAUCAAGAAAUUCUAAUUUAGCAAAUUUGCAAGCAUUAUCUUUCUUAAAUUUGAAAAAAAAAGAUCUUGACAUUUUAAAUGAUUUUCCAGUAAUUAAAGAAGUAUUUUUAAAAUAUAAUACUACCAUUCCAUCAUCGGCAGCAGUAGAGCGGCUAUUCAGUAAAGCUGUUCAAGUGUUAACAACAAGACGCAAUCGACUCAGUGAUGAUACAUUUCAAAUGCUGUUAUGUUGUAGAUCAAAAUAUGAUUUAUAA